AGAGGCCCAAGCAAGAGGCGCCGCAGUGGCUCGCCGUUGUGGAAUGGGUAGAGUUGGUUGGCCCGUCAAAGCAACUUUAGGGUUUAACAGUGGACGGAGCUGCGCUUGUUUGGUGGACGACGAGAGCAGAGUCCCGAGGUUGCAAGCCCAUGUACUUCAUUUCGAUGGAGAAGGACCGCUUCUUCCCGAGCGCUGCUGCCAGGGGCCCCUGUUCUUGGUUUGAAAUGCACCAGUUCAUUGGGGAUCUCAUGGCGUCUACACAGAAUCCAGGUUCUGGGACAGAUGUGCCACAGCAAGAAGCAAUCCGUGCCAUGUGGGAUAGUACUGGACCAGAGACUCUGGGAUUUAAGCUGACAUCUUCUAAACCUGCCUACAGUGCUGAAGGGAUGCAGCAACCUUUGACUACCAGCUACAAACAGGUUGCAUCAAAAUCACCUUUUAACAUAGAGGGCAUUACUCACAUCAUGCCUCUGCACUCUAAACAUACACCUAAAACCAUAGCCGCAGUGAGUGGGAUUAUUAAUCAAGUUUCAGAGGCUGGACCAGCUACAGUGACGAGUAACAGCCAAAUCAGAAACUGCAAUCCAUUUGAGAACCAGUCUUGUUCCAGCUGCUUAAUUGAAUUCCCGGAUCUGAAGUCCAAGGAACGGCAUGUUAGAAGACAUCACCCUGAACUGUAUGAGGCAUUCAGAGAACAGCUGCUAAGUGGAACAGUUUUCUCGUGCUUUUCCUGUGACCGCAGUUUUAGCAAUUUAGAAGAACUUGGCCAGCACCAACUAGCCCAUGCAACUCAAAAACUGCAUCGGUGCGUGCUCUGUGAAGCAAUGUUUCUUCGUCAUGCUCAGCUUUUACAGCAUCAGCGAGUGGUCCACUCCUGUAAGGCAGGAAGUUUCAUUUGCACAGAAUGUGGAAAGAACUUCAAUAGUAGUAGUAACUUGCGCAUCCACCAGAAUGUCCACACAGGGGCCAGGCCAUAUUCUUGUACAGAGUGUGGAAAGAGCUUCAGCCAGUCAGGUGCACUCAAAAUUCACCAACGUAUACAUACCGGAGAGAAACCCUACACCUGCUCAUUUUGUGGCAGAGGCUUUCCUCACCUGGCAGGUGUCCGAGCUCAUCAGCGCACCCACACAGGAGAAAAGCCUUAUCGAUGCCUACAGUGUGGAAAGAGUUUCACUCAGUCAGGAGCAUUGCGAGUGCACCAGAGAAUACACACAGGGGAGAAACCCUAUCUUUGCACUGAGUGUGGAAAGAGCUUUUCCAAUCGCUCUGGCAUUCGUUUUCACCAGCGAGCUCAUAAAGAAGAACUACCUUAUGGUUGUGAAGACUGUGGCCAUAGAUUUAAAGAUGCUCGCAGUCGUAACAAACACCAGAAGCAGAUUCAUUAUGGAAAGAUAGAUGGGGAGGAAGAAGAGGAGGAGGAGGAAGUGGAUGAAGAGUUGGAGCAAGAGGAAGAGAGAAAUACACCAGAGACAAAAGAAUGCAAAUCUACUGGUGAAACGCCACAAGAAAAGUCACAAGAGUUAGAGGAGGAAAAUGAUGCCAAUAAGAAAAGCGCAAGAUCAGACAGCAACGUUGAAAGCUGCGAAACAACUAUUGUCAGUAAAUAAAAGAGAUACUUUGGUAAAAUGAAUGCACUGUUUCAAAUGGUUGACGGCUCUCCGGAGAUAUUUGUACUUUGUGUCUGAAGAUUUUUGCCCCUUUUCAAAAGUAAAAGCCCUGCAGACACAAUGCGUAGUUCUGUAAAAUGAGAACAAUAGUUGGACACCUUGUUAGAUAAUCAGCUUUCAAGAGAGUCCUGUGGCCCUGAUGAGCUUUAUAAUAACGCUUUUGCCCACCAGCAAGGUGCCUUUUGUGCCUCAAGGAUGAGGGUAAAAGCUUAUUUUUAAUGUACUGUAGUUGAGGUAUCACUGAUUCUCAGGGGAAACACCACUGCGGACACAGAAAAGCUUCCUGUUAAGUACUUUGCUGAUUUACUGUAUUUCAGGAUGAUGGCAGCAGAUUUAUGCGGGGAAGUGCUGUUUACUUAAGAAAACUUCUGCAUCCCAAAAAGAACAUUUAUCACGUUUCAGUGCACAGAUAUCAGUAAUAUUUUUUAACAACAUCUCUGAACUAUUUUUGCUUCUGUUGCGGACAUAGAAGUAACCUACUUGCAAAAAUCACUCAUACUUUGUACACUUUCAAAUAUGUAUAAUUUUGGCAUACUUCUAAUGCAAGUAUAUUUAGUACGAGGUGGUAUUAUACAUGAAGAAUGAAUAUAUAU